UUUAAAAAAUUUCAUACCUGUGGACUAGAAUCAAGUCUGGAUUCCAUGUCUUUUCUUGUAAGUAAACCAGAACAAAUUAGGCGGUGGGUGUCUGAGAAGUUCAUUGUUGACGGCUUGAGGGAGCUGGAACUGCUUGGAGAGCAGUCUCCAGGUGACUCACGGAGAAAAACUAAUGAAGCAAGCUGUGAGUCAAUAGCACAUUUGCCCAAAAGGAACGUCAUGAGCAGUUAUUUGCCAGAUAGCAAUCUAUAUGAGUUAUUGACUGUAAUAGGGAAGGGCUUUGAGGAUCUAAUGACUGUGAAUCUAGCACGUUAUAAACCUACGGGAGAGUUUGUCACUGUUCGAAGGAUCAACUUAGAGGCCUGUACCAAUGAAAUGGUGGCUUUUUUGCAGGAUGAACUUCAUGUCUCAAAGUUCUUCAGUAACCCCAACCUUGUGCCAUAUAAAGCUGCCUUCAUAGUCAGCAAUGAACUUUGGGUUGUGGCUUCUUUCAUGGCUUAUGGUUCUGCUAAAGAUUUAAUCUGUACCCAUUUUAUGGAUGGGAUGAGUGAACUAGCAAUGGCUUAUAUAUUGCAAGGUGUAUUGAAGGCUCUCGAUUAUAUUCACCAUAUGGGAUAUGUUCACAGGAGUGUGAAGGCCAGUCAUGUCCUGAUUUCUGCAGAUGGAAAGGUGUACCUCUCUGGCCUGCGCAGUAAUCUAAGCAUGAUAAGACAUGGUCAGCGCCUCAAAGUAGUUCACGAUUUCCCCAAGUUCAGCAUCAAGGUCUUACCAUGGCUGAGCCCAGAGGUCUUGCAGCAGAAUCUUCAGGGCUAUGAUGCAAAAUCUGAUAUCUACAGUGUGGGAAUAACGGCCUGUGAGCUGGCAAAUGGCCAUGUCCCCUUCAAGGAUAUGCCUGUGACUCAGAUGCUUCUAGAGAAGCUAAAUGGCACCGUCCCUUGUCUUCUGGACACCACCACUAUCCCUCCAGAGGAGCUGAUGACAAAACCAUUACGAUCAGGAGCCAGCACAGGUUUCGGGGAGAACAUGGCAGCCACCAACGCCAAAGCUUCCAAUGGCGAGCCAGCACCGCAUCCAUAUCUCCGAACUUUCUCACCCAGUUUCCAUCACUUUGUAGAACAGUGCCUUCAUAGGAACCCAGAACUAAGACCAAGCGCAGGUGCCCUGCUCAACCAUUCCUUUUUCAAACAGAUCAAACGCCGUCCAUCUGAAGCACUCCCUGAACUGUUGUACCCCGUCACACCAAUGACUUGUUUUGAAGGCCUGCAAGAGCAAAAUCCAAACAGUAUUUGUGGAGUAGAACCCAAUUUGGAGCAGCUCACACUGGAUGACUGGGAGUUCUAGGUCCUCAAGGGAAGAAAACAUAUCAGAUUUUAGAAAUUUUCUGCGGAUGUGGUUAAUUUACUUAACCUCUUCCUUUCUCACACAACAGCGAUGAAUGUUACAUUGCAGAAGUUUACACAUUUUAAGGCGAUCCAAACAUCACUUUGCAUUGGAUCAAAGUUAGAGCAGACUAGUACUUGCGAGAAGGCGGGGCAGGAAGGAAAACAAUGUCUAGAGAGAUGGUACUAGAGAUUCUUUCCUGCUGUGUUGUUCGGAUUAAGGCUUGAAUAUAUCCAAAAUGAGUCCAUUUCCUCUGCCCUUUCUAUGUGGUGCCACUGCAGUCCCCAAAGGAUUUGGUGUUCUUAAUGAUUUCCUAGUCAAGGGACAACUGAGAGCCUGCUUGGAUCUCCAUACUCUACCUGCAGUACAUUAUUGCUGAGAGCUUCACCAGCGGAAUAGUAGUGGCUUCGUAAGACAAGGCAGAGAUAGCAUUUGCAAGGAGCGUAUCCCAGGCUGAGCUUGGUCUUCCUCUUUAUAAAGCUCAUUGCCUCCCCGCACCUUUGGCUAAAAAAAAUAAUAAGACACAAUUUCAAGCUAAUGUUCUGGUGCUAAAUGCAGCAAACAGCAAGUCAGAGGUGCUGGCCUCAGUGGUUUCCUGAUCAGUUACCAUUUCUCAUUAAUGUUAUUGCUGUAGUAUAGCAUCCAUCUAUAGAGCUUUCUGUGCACACUUUGUCUUCAGAUCUCACUCAUAUUCUUUCCAGUAGACAAUACACAGAAAGAAUGGCUUUGACACAGCAAGAAUGCCUGUUCCUAUAGGUGUCUCCCCUGGAUUUGCAUCUGAUGACAAAAGGCAACCUGUUCUUUCUGUCUUCCCCUCCAUUUUUUUUCGCCUGUGUUGCUGUAGUUCCUGAUUCUACAGUAUUUUACCUGCCUGAGAAGUUUCCAUCUUGCACAAACAUUGGUUGGGGAUAUAAAAUUGCACAAUCUUGUAAUCUGCCCCUUAGAGUUUUACUGUGCUCUUUGUGUGUAAUGGCCUUUCCCCUUCAGGUUUUUCCCCUCUGGGCAACACUCUUUCGAAGUAUUUUAACUCAGCUGAGCACUAAGCCAAGCCUUUUUGCAUCUGGCUGCCUGGAGCAGUGAUGCUGUUCAGGACCGUGUGUUUAUGUUCACACGUGUGUUAAGCUGUACUUGAUCCCAAAGUUUGCUGUUCUAAUUUUGUUGCCAAAAUAAAAAUUAUUUUGCACUCUU